GCGUGUGAUGGCACUGUGGGGUUCAGUGCCUCCCUGGCCUUGUGUCCGCGCGUGAGUGUGAGAGAAAGAGAAAAGAGAGAAAGUGAGAGAUGGAAAGAAAGAGAGAAAGAGAGAGAGAGAAAGAAAGAGGGAAAAGGAAAGAAAACGCAAAGUGAAAGAGUAAUAAAAGAGUGAUAAAGAGAAAGAAAGAAAGUUAUACAAGCGUGUUUAAAAUCGAAAUUAAACGAUUGAAAACCAGUGGCAGUGACGAUAUUUAGCGAAAGAGAAUGUAAGAAGAAGAAUAGAUGAUAAUGGAAAAAAUAAGAUAAAAGAUAUUGUGUUUUAUUGUUCAGAAUGUUAUUGUGCUUUUUGUGUUGAAGUGUUGAAUUCCGAGAAAAAAAAAUAGAGGAGAGAAAGAGAUAAAGAAAAAUAGAAAUGACAAAGCAAGAGAGAAAGAAAUAAUAAUAAUAAUAAAAAAAAAAAUAGGAAAGACAGGAAAAGAGGAAGGGGAAUUUAAAAAAUAAUAUAAGAAAUAAUAUAUCAGAAUUAAAAUCCAAAAUCUACACAAACCGAAAGUGAGUUGCCAAUAAUGCUUUUAUUUUCCUGUUUUCCUUAUCCCUAAAACUAGAUAACGCUUAUCAUGAAGGACUUCCUGAAGGGGGGGAGGGGGAAGAGCCACAACAAACGUGUGUGUACGUGUGUGUACGUGUUUGUAAGUGUGUGCGUUUAAUUGAAGAAGGUUCUAUCUGUUUAUCUCGUGAAUUACAAGGAGAGGAAAAUAGCGAGAGAGAACGAUAGGAAGAAAGGAGGAAUAAGAGAGAAUAGAAGAAAGGAAGAGAGGAGAGAAGUGGGGAAAGAGGAGAUAAAUUAGAAAUAGGAGGAGAAUGAGAGUGGAGAUAGAGGAGAAAAUAAAAUAAAACAGUGCAGUUGUGAUACACAAGUAAAGAAAAGGAAAGAAAAAAGAAAGAAAAGAAAAGAACAAAAGAAAGAAAAGUAAAACAAAAAGAAAUAAAAGAAAAAUAAUCCAAAGAAAAAAAAUAAAUAAAAAGAAAAAAAAGAAAAGAAAAAAUAAAAAGAAAAAAAGAAAAGAAAAAAGAAAAAGAAAAAAAGAAAAGAAAAAAGAAAAAGAAAAGAAAAAGGUAAAGAAGAAGAAGAAGAAGAAACGAAAAGAAAAGAAUGAGACACAAAAUAAACACAGAAGGAAUAACAGGUGUCAUUGCCCAAUAGCCCGCCUCCCUUCAGUCAGCUGUUGCACACGCUUUCACUCAAUACAAGCAAGCUGCAAGCGAAACCCAGAGCUAGGAGGCUUCGUACAAAAGCCUCGAGGAACAGGGAAGCCAAGACGUUUACUCGUUACCCGUCGCUUCUUACUCAUUUACUCAUCUUUUCGGCUUCAAUGGAAUUCCAAAACAGAGGGAGGACGAUCAAGCUAUAUGAGCUGCGAGUCUUCUAAAAAGUGACAUCGAACUGAAAGGCACUUAGACAACGAGGAAAUUAAUACAGAACAUACCCUAAUUAAAAGGUGCGAAAUCUUUAACGACUGUCUAAAGCAAAAAAGAAAAAAAAAAAGAAAAAAAAAAAAAGAGGAAGAGGAAGAAGAAGAAUUAAGUCUGGUAAGAAGUCUUUACUUGAUACGAAGAGAGAAAAAGAAAGAGAAAAAAAAGACAGCCAUUUUUCUCUCUCUCUCUCAUUUAAACCGCUACCUCGCACGUGAAAACUCAGUCGGCCAAGGUACUUAUGCUUAAAAAAAACGGAGAAAAUACCCCCCAAAAAGAAGACAAGAGCGAGAGAGAGAGAAAGAGAAAGAGAGAGAGAGAGAGAGAAAGAGAGCUUUGUAUGAACGGUUGGAAUAAUGUUUGAGGAUUUUUAUUCGCAACGGACUUCAGGCAUUAUGGAGAUGAGUUGCCACUUACAGUCGUAGUUUUGAUCAAAAGAAAAUGGAAUCUUCAGGAAAUAAUGAUGAAAGAAAGAGGACCACAGAGAGAGGUUCGGUGGACCCGCGGGCGGUGGUGGCGAACCUGGAGAGCACGAUCACCAGUCUGUUCUCUUACCUCACCUCCAACUCCCCCCCGCCGGCGCCCGACGCCUCAGGGCCCUCCCCGAGGACGCUCUCCGAUGGCGAGGCCGUGACCUCCGCCUGCUCGACGGCCUCCACGCCGCAGGAGGUCGGCGGCUCGUCCCCCAGCGGCAGCCUCAAGUCCUCGAGGCCGCUGCGACUUGAUCUGGCGGGGCACCGGUCUCCCCUUCUUCCUCCGACUCACGGCCACCAGUCCCCUGGAGGAGGAGCCUUCGUGUCCCUCGCCGACGACGCGCCUCCGCCGCUGCCUCGCCGCGGCCCUCCGCCCUUCCACCUCUCGUCGAGCUCCGACCUCUCGUCGCCGUCUCUGGAGAAGAGCUUCUGCCCGUCGGCGUCGUCGUCGGCGACCUCGCCUCCGCCGCGCUUCUCCCUCGCCAGCCGCUCCUCCACGAGGGCGUCGCCGUCGCCCUCCGGCUGGGCGGGCGAGGCUCCGGCCGGCGCCAGGGACCGGAAGUCCGUGAGCCGCGGCUCCGUGGCCUCGAAGGCGUCCAGCGACAUCGAGCUGGUGAACCUCGGCCGCGGGGAGCGAGGCGAGGCACCCUGGCCCUUGAGCCCCGACGCCGAGGAGCGCCUACGGGCCGUCUCGAGGAGGAACGAUGCCAGCCCGCGCGUGCCCGACCGGAGGAACGGCAUGCUGGUGCCCGCGGGCCCCGGCGUCGCCCUCGGGCAGGAGAGCGCCCCCGCGCCCGUCGGCGAGCAGAGCGAGGGCAGGAGGACCCCCGAGGAGUACCAGGCGAAAGUCCCCACCGCUCCUCUCGUCUCUGGAGGAGGAGGCGGAGGACGAGAGCGGGGGAGAGGCGGGUCAAUCGAGAACCCGCGACACCCCUCCAAAGAGGACCUCGCCAAGAUGGCCGCCUCUCGCCUCUCCCUCCAGGCCUCGCUCCACGGCGGCCGCUUCAGCCACGACCACCACUACUCCGAGAUCGACCUGUACGACGUCGAGGGCGCUCCUGACGGCGGCGAGGAGAGCACGACCAGAACCGCCUCCGCGAACACCAACUCCAGCGCAACGCUCCCGAGGCCGCCGCCGCCCGUGCCUCCGCAUACUGAAGGCGACGUAAAGACCGAAAUGGCAUCUCUCAUCUCCCAUGCGGUGAUAACACGACCUACGGGAGAUGAGGAUGCUGCUCUGCCUCUCACCUCCGGUGCUAAAUCAUCGAGGAUAGAAGGCAUACUAAAUCACAGACUAAAGGAAGAAUCUCAGUCAGGUAAACGCUUCUGCGAUGGAAGUGUAGCUUCAGGAUACUUUCUCAAUGUCGGCUAUAGCAUUAUAGUCUCUACCCACUCGCGUAUAGGCAGAGUCAAUGCUUGGGCGAAGGAAUGCGAGGAGCAUGCUGUUACCCGAUACGGCUUGGCACCAGCGGCGUCCCAGAAGUUGCAGAACAAGGUCACAAGCAACAACAGGCUGCUUCAGGGACUCAUGACGUGGUCCGCCGGCCUCAACGUGGCGGAGCGAGAGGAAGAGAGCAGCGGACCGCACCACGACCCUAAUGAACUGGAAACUGCGCGCCGUCAAGUAGUGCCAGCCCGACCAGAACGCCUCGAGAGCUACAUCCAGGACACCGAACGUCUCUGCUAG